GAUGGUCAGGUAUCAGGUAUAUAAUAAAUUAGUGAAGUCAAAAGCUGAGAAGAUUCCAGGUGACCUGUUCAUGUUCAGUGAAAUAAACGUGGGCUCGCUGCAGUCAAGAGACACCAAAGUGAUACCAGCUGAAGUUCAAAAUCUGCCUGAGCAUCAUGGCUAAUAAAGGGAAAAUAUCAAAAGAUGAUUUGCUGAGAUUUGUUGCCAUCCUGCUCAUUCAUAUACAAAUGAUGAACUCACAAGUACUCCCUGAAAUAUCAGACACUGAGUUAAGCUACACAGAUGAGCAAAUGAAUCACAUAAGGGAAAAACGGGAUGUGAACACGGACAUAGUAGAAUACAUUUUUAUCGUAGAUGUGAAUGUGCCACAAGUGAUUUUGAUGGACCAAAUCAAAUCAUUAGUGGCAUCCAAAAGUCCAAUACAGGCAGACAACAGCACAAAAAUCGAUGCUUUGAACCUUACAGCAAUGUGCCAACAAAAUGAAUCUGAAUACCUGUGCACAUUUGACGAUCAGUAUGUUUUGCCAUACAAUAAUUGUCUUACCUAUAAUGCAUGUGACAACCCAGAUGAAGCAACAUGUACUUGUAUCAAUGCCAGUCAUGGCCAGAUUUGUGUGUCAAAAAAUGAAGUACCUCCCCCCACAACAACUCCUGCAGCUCCCACAAAAACAACUACUACAACCACUAUAACCACGACCACUACAACCACAGUUGUCCGUUUAUUAAGCUUCUCAUUGACAAUAAAUCGACGAUUUGACUUUGCACUCACUGAGACAUCAUCUGAAACAUACAAAACAUAUAAAAAGGACAUUCAGUCUUCAAUUAAUGAAAGUUACAAAUCUGUACCUGGCUAUAAGCCCAAUUCUGCAAACGUGACUAAAUUCAGACCUGGAAGUGUGAUAGUUGACUUUACCAUCGAAGCAACCAGUGAUAACCUUAAUUUGGAUUCAGCUAACAAACAGCUUGCUAGCAGUCUCCGUUCACAGGGAUACAGUGUGAGUGAUAAUGCAUCCAGUCAAAUAGUGAAUGGUGGACUAUAUAACAGCAGUGACUAUAUAUAUCCUGACAGUACUCUCAAACUGACCUGCAACCCUCCAGAGAAUAAUGACAUAACUUGGAAAAUGAAUAACAAUAAGCUAGUGACUUCGGAUAAGUAUACAGUGGAUAACCUUAUCCUCACUGUAAACAGAGUCACUCCUGCUGACAGUGGUCUGUAUGAAUGCAGUACAACAGUAAAUUCGGUGCCCUAUGUUAUCAGGCAAAGCAUUACAAUUCAGCCAUACCCCGAUAUCCAAAUAACUCUUAGCAAAGUUGUAAAAUGUGAGAAUACAGCAAUCCCACUGCAGUGUUGUUUUCAGGGGAUGUAUAAAGGGAAUUGGAGCACAGCUUGUAGGUCAACUGCACCAGUCACAACAGGCUGCAUAUCAUGUGACUAUGAAAUUAACAAACAGACCUGUCAGAAUAAUGACCAAGUAAUACUGGUCACAUGUCAACUCACGCCUCUCAGUGGAAGUACAACACAAAGAUACUCAAAGAACAUCAGCAUAAAUGUACAAGACAGAGGAUUUUCUUGCUUUGAUACUAUAUUUGGAGCUGGGGAUUCUGGAGCCAUAUCCAUUGCUAACUGCACUGGAGACAUGGUUGGCAAUCAAACGGCUAAGUGUAAUUCAUCAGGCCAUUGGGACAUCAUAGAAAACAACUGUAUUCCACGCAUCUUUCAAACUUUAAUAAAUGAUGCUAAGAUUUUACAGAUAGUAGACAUUCCACAAUUUAUGACCAACCUCAGUAGUGCUACAGUAGGGACUCAAAAUGUAACUACCUCUCCAGCAACUAUAUUGACAAUUGUAGAAAUCCUAAACACCAUCUCUGAGCUCUCAAGUACUGUUUUAGUUAAUCAGCCCAUUAUGAAGGAUUUCCUACAAAUAGUUGAUGUUAUUGGAGCAGAAGGUGCACGGAACACAUGGGUCAGUUUAAAUACAAAAAAUACAACCCUGAAUGCCAGUUCUGAACUUCUGAAAUCGACUGAAGAUUUUGCACGCAGACUCCGGGAUGAAAACAUGAACAUAACAACAAACACUACCUCUCUCAGUAAAACUAACAUUACUGCUCCCUUUUCUGGAACAUUUGGAAAAAAUUUAACUACCCAAAUAAAUAUUCCAGUGACUGGUACACAGACGCCCCUCACAGUCAUAAUUUCUUCAGCUUUUAACAAUAUCUUACCUGUUCGAAGUCUUACCAACAAUGACAGCAAUCAGACUGGCACCAGCAUCAAUGGAGAUGUAGUCCUGAUUGAGACAACCUCAACAAUUAACAACAUUUCCCUCUCUAUUGACAUCAAAAAUAAUACACUGGGAAACCCUCAGUGUGUCUUUUGGAACUUUAAUCUUCUGAAUGACAUUGGGGGAUGGGACUCGACUGGAUGUCAACUAAAGAAAUUAGGAAAUGAAACUGAAAGAAUUACGUGUGAGUGCAAUCACACAACCUCUUUUUCAAUCCUGAUGUCACCAUUUACCCUGGAUAAAAAGUUAGCAAUAAUCUUAGACUAUAUAACCUACAUUGGUGUGGCCAUUUCAUUGGGCAGCUUGGUUUUGUGUCUCAUCAUUGAAAUGAUUAUAUGGAAAUCAGUGACAAGAAAUGACACAUCCUACAUGCGCCAUGUCUCCAUAGUCAACAUCGCUGUCUCCCUUCUGAUUGCGAACAUAUGCUUCCUCAUUGGAGCAGCAGUUGUAAAGAAAGGAGUGGGUCCCUGCAGUACAGCGACAUUCUUCAUGCACUUCUUUUAUCUUGCCCUUUUCUUCUGGAUGUUGCUGUCAGCACUCUUGCUCCUCUACCGCACCCUCAUGGUCUUUUCUAGAAUGUCCAAAGGAGCAAUGAUGGCCAUAGCCUUCACUGUUGGCUAUGGAGCCCCAUUAAUCAUAGCUGUCAUUACUGUGGCCUCUACAGCUGGAAGCCAAGGAUACAUUCAAAAAGAUUACAAUUGUUGGCUAAACUGGAGUAAAACGAAGGCCCUCCUGGCAUUUGUGAUUCCUGCUCUGACUAUUGUAGCUAUAAACCUCCUGGUGCUUAUUGUGGUUCUGUGUAAGAUGUUGAGGAGAGGAGUUAAUGCCACCACUCAGCCAGAUGAGAAACAUCCCCUACUGAUUAUUGCUAGAUGUGUAGCAAUUUUAACACCUCUCUUUGGUCUAACGUGGGGAUUCGGCAUUGGGACCAUGGUGUCACCAAACUUUGGGAUUCAUGUGGUGUUUGCGUUCCUUAAUUCACUGCAGGGUUUCUUUAUUUUGAUGUUUGGAACAUUACUGGAUAGUAAGGUUCGAGAAGCAUUGGCACGAACGUUUUCACUGAGUAACUUAAGCUCUAUCCGUACCAGGAGUACGAGUGCAGGACCUUCAUCCUCAAGUGGAUUUCCUUUUUUUCAGAGGUUACGGCAGAGAAAUGUGUACAAUGUAUCGAGUGCCGAAAUGUCUUCAAGCAACUCAGAUACAGCUACUGACAGCUACGCUGCUAGGCCCAUGUUAUAAGAGUCUUUUUAACUGCAAACAUCAUACAUUAUACAAUACAUUUGCAUGCAAAAUAAGAAAAACUUUUCAAUGAUUAAGUGGAUGUUAUUAAUAUAUAUGAAAAUGAAAAUGAAUUAAUAAAAAAAUCUAAUUAACAAUUAGAACUCGACAGGGAUGCCUCUGCUGCAAACAAGUCUAGUCCUUCUUGUUACUAGUUUGCAUGUCUGAAAUACCAUUAAAAUAUACUUCAAAAAGUUUAAUUUGCUAUCUUGAUAUCUUGUUCUAUAAGUUCAUCAGCUGUUUACAGUGGUAUUUCCAUAUAAAUCACAAAUAUAUUCAACCACAUUCUUCAGAUAUUAUGCUAACAAGGAUCCGUGACAGACACAUGGACAUAAAACCAAGAAACAAAGUUUUUUAAGACAAAAAUACUAUUAACAAAAGGUUUCUUAUUUAUGCUCAUCAGUUGAUAUUAAUUAAAAUAUAGCUGUUUGGUGUA